AUGGGCCGCCCGCUGUUUUCCUCCACCCACGUCCCCGCAGUGCGCGUCGAGACCGAGCCCGAGCCAGAGCCAGCGCCAGCACACCCCGCGUACGAAAAGUGGUCCUACUGGAAACCCUUCGACCCCGACGCGGACGAGUUCUUCGAGAACGACGAUGCCGUGUACGAAGCGUUCAUCGACCCAGCGCAGCUCCCACCCGCCCAGCGCGCCCCGGGCCUCUACUUUGAGCGCAGCAGCAGCACCGGCAGCGAGAGUAGCGGCGGCGGCUCCGCGAGUGACAUGGACGCCGUCUCCGUAGAAGAGCUUGAGGUUGCGGGCAGCCGCAGGGAGCUACGGCCGGUCCGGCUACCUAGCGAAUGGCAAGUGCUCCCGACGUACACCCUCGAGGUCCCCGAGGAGCCGCACUCGUAUGAGCCGGGCGAGAUGGUCUCGCAGUAUGCGAACAUGUAUAACAUCGUUGGCGCCUCUGCAUCUACCGUGUCCACCACGUCGGAUUCCUCAGCCUCGGCGUCACCAGCCCCUCGCGAGCGCUCCCCGCCUCCCGCGCCGAGGAUGUACGAGCGCGCGCCAACAGACAUCGAGUAUCCCGCCUCGCCCUCUGACGAGCCGAUGCUUGCACGCGCCUCCCAGCCCUCGCCCGGGGGCUGGUUCGAUGGUGAGUUCGAGCACUCCCAAGAGGCCAACGACGAUGCACACCCCGCCACACUGCCCAUGAUGCCCGAGCUCGUCCCCGUCUACGACUCAGACCCCGACGCCGCAGAUCGGCCCACCACUCCCGUCCGUAGGGCUGCGUCGACCUGGAGACAGCGCCCCCCGGCGUAUACGUCCCCCGCGAUCCUGCCUUCUCAACCACUGUACUCCGGGACCUCGAUCUUCCCCGUUCGCGCGAGCCCGCUCACGAACCGCAGCGCGCGCAGGUCCGUCGCGCACAUCACGCCUACGCCCGCGCUCGUGCCGAUGCAUCGCGCAGUUUUCUGA